AGCAAGGCAUCUGUUUAAGCAGAAAAGAGGAUAAAUAUAUAAAACUAUAUAUAUAUAUAAUUUUGCCAGUAUUUUUUUCCUGUGGGAUUGUUUGGUUUUAUUACGUAUCUAAACUUUUCCCCGACUUAGAAUGACCCCAUGCAAUUAGCUCCUUCUCCAGUACAAUUACAUACACAAGUGACACCUUCGUCUAUAAUCAAUACGAAACUUAAGUCAACAAAACAAUCUUACAUUCCACCAAAAAGUCCUCAUAAUAAAGCCUCAUCCUCUUCCAAAUUACAAGUUCAACAACAGCAGCAGCAAAAAAAGACUCUGUUACAGCAACCCAAAAAAGUUAAAAAAUUAUCUACUAAAGAAGCUCCUCUACGAAAAGCUUCUACACUUUCGGUUAGCUCUAGCGACUUGUCUAAGACUUUGAAUUGCCAAAUAUCACGACAUCGUUCACAACAUGGCAAUAAUUCCGGUAAUUCCGUUCCAAAUGUUCCUGAUAUUCCUGCUUGGUUAACACAGCCGCCUGUAAGAAAUGCUACAUCAUCAUCGCAACAGUCACAGCAAGCAACUUCUUCAAGAAUUGGUUCUUCACCACACAAAAAAUCUCAUAGUCUUACGAAGACAUCAAGAGAUGGAAAUAAAGAUAUAUCAAAAAUGUUAGAUUUGCUUGAUCCUACUACGACAACAUCUUCUUCAAGUCAGCCACAAACUCGAAGGACAAGCCAAAAGCAAAAAGAAGAAUCAACAAAUAGUAAUGAGUUAUCAUCGUCGUCAUCCAAGCAAAGUAAAAAAGCUAAAAUUAAAGCCGCUACUGAAGAAGCAUUGAAACAAUUUAAUGAUCUGCAAAUGGUGGAACAUAAACUUGCCAGUCAAACAAAUGAAGUUAUGGCGAGGGUAAAACAUCUUUUUCAACCAAAUAUGAGCGAUGAAGAAGCUUUUGGUACAUUAACAGGCGAUGAUUUAUUAAACAAGAACGGAUCAGGUUCAGGGUAUGUGUUAAAAUUAUUUAAAUAUAUACAACAAAUAAUAAAAAAAAAAAAAAUUAUCAAGAGGAGAAAAAAAAAAUUUUCAUCAUUAUUUUUUAAAAAAAUUUAUAUUAAUAAAAUAAUCUUUUGUUCAAAGAAAUGAUAAACCACGUCGUGCGCCUUCAGUUUCAAAACGUACAUUAUCAACCACGCCAAUCAAGCCAACACCAACAAGGCGUGCAAGCCAAGAGUCAGAAAGACCAACGAAAACUAGUUUA